AAUAGGCAUUUCAUUAAGUUUUUAUUUCAGACUAACAAUUCUUAAUAAACAAGAUAUUGUUCACAUAAACUAAUAAGAUAACUUGGAAAUCAUCGAAAUUUGUUUAACAAUUAAAAUUUAUGGUGAUGCAUAAAGAAAGCCUCGAAAUAAUUCAAUUACUACUUAGUGUAGUUGAAAGUAAUCUCAUCGUUAAUUAGGAACGGUGUUCUUCAAUUUUAAGUGUAUAGAUUUAUAAAGUAUGAAGCAAUAUGAUGUAACUGAAUAGUGGAUGAUUUCCUGAAACAUAAUAAGAUGACUAUGAAAUUCAAGGUCCUUGAGUUACCUUGCCAUAGUCAGAUAUGUGAGAUAUUAUCACUAUAUAAGUAGUAUGUAGAAGUACAUAUCAGUAAUCGGCAUUCCAGUUACGGUAGAAGAAUUUAGAGUAAUUUAGUCUGAAAUAACACGUGUCAAUGUUUUGAUAAUAAUUAAUAGGUAUCAUCGAUAACGUUUGAUCAUGGACCAAUUAUGUAAGGAGCCUCAUCUUGAUAUAACAGUUGAUGAAAAUGAAAUAGUUGCUGGUGCCAAAGAAAUAAUUAAGAAAAUUAGACCGACAUGGUCUCUGGACAAAUUAAACUUCAAAAUAUUUACAGAUGGAAUAACAAAUAAGCUAAUCGGAGUAUGGUAUGUUGGACAUUACAGUGAUAUGGUCUUGAUUAGAGUUUACGGGCACAAGACAGAUCUGCUCAUCAAUCGACAAGAUGAAACUCGAAACAUCCGAAUAUUAAACAAAGCAGGAUUUACACAUUCCAUUUACGCUACGUUCAAUAAUGGCUUAGCUUAUCAAUUUAUCGAAGGUAAUACGCUUACUACAGAGACAGUCAGAGAUCCUUAUAUAUAUCCACUAAUCGCAAAAAGAAUGGCUCAAAUGCAUAAGCUCAAGCCUGACGAUGCUGAAAUACUUAAAGAAGCCUGCAUUUGGAAUAAAAUAGAACAGUUUAUGGAUAUUAUGCCAAAAGAAUUUUCAGACGAUGCUAAGCAAGCAAGGUUUGAGAAACUCAUAAGACCGUUUACCGUGUUGAAACAAAAUUAUCAGCUACUAAAGAAGGAACUUAUAGAUAUAAAUAAUGAAGUAGUUUUUGCUCAUAACGAUUUGCUUUUAGGAAAUGUGCUUUAUAAUCAGAAGGAAAAUUCAGUUACUUUUAUCGAUUUCGAAUACACUGCGUACAAUUAUCAAGCUUUCGACAUAGCUAAUCAUUUUGCAGAAUUUGCUGGUAUUGACAAUCCUGACUAUUCUUUGUAUCCUGGUGAACAAUUACAGAAAGCAUGGAUAAAUAUAUACCUGCAGGAAUAUAAUGAUAUUAACUGUGUACCUGAAACUGAGAUUAAUUUACUGUUCUCACAAGUAAAUAAAUUUGUUCUUUUAUCGCACUUUUUUUGGGCCUGUUGGGGACUCAUACAAAGCGAACAUUCAACAAUCGACUUCGACUUUUUAGAGUAUGCUGCUAUGCGAUUCGAUGAGUAUUUCAAAUUGAAAGAAAAAUACCUCAACACAAGAUUUUAAAACCAAAGUUAUUAUUAAAUGAACAUUCCAUAUUUUAUUUCUACCGCUUACUUGAGUUUGUAAAUAACAUUUUAACAAAUGCCCUUUUUUGUUGUAUACAGAUCAAAUAUUUUACAGUCACAUAUGUAUAUAAUUCUAUUUUUAAUUUAUACCAGAUGUUAUACAUUGACAGUAUUAUAAGAAAAAUAACAAAGAGUAAUAUAUGUAUUUCUAAAA